AUGACCAUGAGUGGUUGGAUACAAUUAGUAGCAGGAGUGGUUUCUGCUCUGACCUCUCUCUAUGCCAGUCAUCUUCAUAUGAUUGAUUACUUUUUGCAAUGUUUUGGAAUUUUAAUUUUUGCAAUUUUUGUCUUGUUGUUAUUUAGUCCAUUACUUGUUGAGGAAACUGCAAAAUCAUCCUCAAACAAUCCGAACCAUAUGGAAACAGGUACUCAAGAGAAGGAUGGAAAUCAAGUGGAUGUGAAGAAUUAUCAACUAUUGAAUUCACCUCUUCCAGACAGCACAUCGAGUCCAUCGCUUGCAGUGAACACUUCUCCCAAUUCUCCAAACGAAUCAGAAUUGAAGGAAACAACAACAGAACAUUGUCACUGUAUGGAGAGUGGACUCCACUUCGGGAUUACACAUAAUAACAUACAAACAUAUUUUGUUGAAUUGACCAAACCUAUCCAAAGCCCAAACAACAACCCAAACCAAAACCACAACUACAAUGACCCAACAAAUCAACCCCUUCAAACCAAAAACAAUCUUUUUUUGAUAAGUAGUUGUUGA